AGUUUCUGCGCUGCAUCCAAAGGAUACGCAUCUAAAACCCCGGACUACCAUCGACUGCUCGCCACUGCGGUACCGUGUGCCUGCCGCCAGCCGCCAGCGAAGCGGACUAUGAAGGUGGCCGCCGCCUGCACUGGACGAGGCUUGAACCUGGGCAGAUAGGACCAACGACAGUUGCGGACGACGGUGGGGCCAGCCAGGAUGAGGACUUGGGCCAUGUUUCUGUUAUGGGUGUGUGCAUGGGCGGCCCGGAGCGCGCACGCCCGGGCACUUCCCGAAGGGACGCUCGGCGAGGAGGGGACCGGGCGGCGGAGGCCGGAAGGAGGUGAGGAGACUCUGAGGCGCUCCAGAAGGGGCUGGAUGUGGAAGCAGUUCUUUCUGCAGGAGGAGUACACCGGCACGGAUUACCAGUAUAUCGGCAAGCUCCACUCCGAUAUGGACCGGGGAGACGGCACCGUGAUGUAUGUGCUCACGGGCGAAGGAGCCGGCACGAUAUUUGUGAUUGACGCCACCUCGGGCGACCUGCAUGCCACGCGCAGCCUGGACCGCGAGGAGAAGGCGUCCUACAUACUCCGGGCCCAGGCGGUCGACAAGAGGAAUGGCGUCCCCCUGGAACCCGAGACGGAGUUCAUCGUCAAGCUCCACGACAUCAAUGACAAUGAGCCCAAGUUCGAGAAGGAGGUUUACAUGGCCAGUGUGCCCGAGAGGUCACAUAUCGGCACUUCAGUUACUCAGGUCACAGCCCACGACGCCGACGACGAGAUGUUCGGGAUGAGUGCCAAACUGGUGUACAGCAUUAGCCAGGGCCACCCAUACUUCUCAGUGGAGCCCAACACAGGUAUCAUCCGGACAGCGCUGGGGCCAUCAGAUAUGGACCGGGAGCAGAGGGAGCAAUACCAGGUGGUGAUCGAGGCCAAGGACAUGGCGGGCCAGCGGGGAGGCCUAACGGGCAUCACCACGGUCAACAUCACCCUGACCGAUGUCAACGACAACCCCCCCCAGUUCUCCCAGAGUGUUUAUCAGUUCAGCGUCCCUGAGCUAGCCCCGGCCGGGGCCGGGGCCGUGGCGGGCCGGGUGCGAGCCCUGGACGCCGACAUCGGCAGGAAUGCCGAGAUGGACUACACCGUGGUCGGCGGCGACGGCCUGGACGCGUUCGACAUAGCCACGGACGGGCGAACCCAGGAGGGAGUCCUCACCGUCAAGAAGGUCCUGGACUACGAGCGGAAGAAGUCAUACACGCUGCAGCUGCAGGUGCGCAACACACACCCGGACCCGCGCUACGUCAGCGUGGACUCCAAGGACCUGGCCAUGGUGCGCAUCAGCGUGGAGGACGUGGACGAGCCGCCCCGCUUCGAGCGGCCCAGCUACGUCCUGGAGGUGAAGGAGGAUGCCGCCGUGGGGACCACCGUGAGCUCCGUCAGCGCCGCUGACCCAGACAUCCGCCGCGUCCCCGUCAAGUACACAAUCGAUCGGCACACAGACGUGGACCGGAUCUUUAACGUGCAUUCCGGGAACGGGUCUAUAUUCCUGCAGAAACCUCUCGACCGAGAGGACCUUGCAUGGCAUAACAUCUCUGUGAUCGCGGCGGAAUUCAACAACCCCCAGCAGACGAGCAGAGUGCCCGUGUACAUCCGCGUACUGGACGUCAACGAUAACGCCCCCACGCUGGCCUCCGUUUACGAGACCUUUGUGUGCGAAAACGGCAAGGCCGGUCAGAAAAUCCAAACAAUAACCGCAGUGGAUCCGGAUGAGCCGCCAGGGGGACACCGAUUCUACUUCAGCCUGGCGCCAGAGAGCUCCGUGAGGGCCAACUUCUCUGUGCGAGACAAUGACGACAACACCGCCAGCAUCCUCACCCGCCGCACAGGCUUCCGGCGGACACAGCAGAGUGCGCACGCAGUCGCCGUGGUGAUCUCGGAUGCCACCUUCCCCAUGCGCAGCAGCACGGGCACGCUGACGGUGCGCGUGUGCACGUGCGACCACAGUGGCAACAUGGAGGCAUGCGGCGCAGAAGCCCUGGGGGGAGCAGCAGGCCUCAGCACCGGGGCGCUCGUGGCCAUCCUGCUCUGCAUCCUCAUUCUUCUCCUGAUCGUGGUGUUGUUCGCCGCGAUGAAGCGCCAAAAGAAAAAGGAGCCCCUGAUCAUGUCCAAGGAGGACGUGCGAGACAACGUGGUCAGCUACAACGACGAGGGCGGUGGCGAGGAGGACACGCAGGCCUUCGACAUCGGCGCACUGCGCCACCCGGAGGCCAUGGAGGAGUGCAGCAAACUGCGGCGAGACAUCCUCCCCUCGGAGCCGCUGUAUGCGCCGGCCGUCACGCGACGGGCCGCUGCGCCGGCCCGGGAUGAUGGUGACGUGCGGGACUUCAUCAGCCAGCGAGUGCAGGAGCACGACGGAAGUCCCGCGGCGCCGCCCUACGAUUCCCUGGCCACAUACGCCUACGAGGGUAGUGGCUCUGUGGCCGAGUCGCUCAGCUCGUUGGGCUCGGCCUCGUCCAACGGAGCCCACGACUACAACUACCUCAGCGAGUGGGGUCCGCGCUUCCGCAAGCUGGCCGACAUGUACGGGGGGGACGACGAUGACUGGGACUCCUAACAGAGCCGUGGCGCCAUCCCCCGAGCGCGGAGCGUGCAGACGGAGCUCCACACUAACAAAGUGCCCUUGUCUUCAGACCCCAACUCUGUCCGACACACAGGCAGUCACCCCGCGGGACCAGUCUGUUGACCGUUUACUCUGCAAGGCUAAAGCAUUAAGGAGUGCAAGAGAACUCCACGUGGACUUGCGUCGGCUCCUCCUCUGCGCGUAAUUCUCUGGGAGGAAGGUUAUCGCUGUGUGGCAUAUUUUUUGGAUAAUCCGACUUUUAUUGGCAAAGCGCGCCACGCUCCUCGGCCAUGUUACUUUUCGUAUUGCUGCCAAUGUCCUUUAGAAAACGCCCACUAUACGUUUUCAGAACUCCGUCCUGAGAAACGCUGCCGAAAGCAGUUUAGCAGCGGCGAGAGGUCGCAUCACUUGAAAAGCCUUUGGAAGCCAGCGUGAAGUGAAUUGGCUAGCGAGCUGCCACCAAAGCUUUACCGACAUCUCCACGAGCGUGUCUGGAAGUAACACGAAAGCGAUGUGGUCUCCUCUCCACCAGGCCGCGGCGUGUGGCAAGCAGCUCACAAACUUCUCUAUAUAAGUGUUAGCGGCUGUGUGUUUGAGAUCACAGUUUAGCUCUUUAACGUCAAUCAUGUGCUCAUUUUUUACUUUUUUUAAAUCUGUUCGUACAUAGUGCUUCAAGAGCAGACCGUGCUUCAAGAAUUUUUAUUGGGGGGGGGGUAGUUGAUGAUUGGUGCUGGUUUUCAUCAUCCACUGGAAAAAAUGCCAGAAGCAUCCAAUCAUCUACUCAUUAUAAGCACUAAAUGUGGUUUACUUGGAUUUAUGCUGCAUUUUGGCACAUGUCUGCCUGAACUGUUCCAAAUUUGUAUCCCCCCCUCGCAAGACAAACAUAUUUACGUGCUCACCUAAUGACUUGUGCCGAAACCAAACAUCCAUACGUUUUUUUCUCCCACUUUUACUGCUCAGACAAGUGGAACUAACUUAUCUUAUUCAAAUAUCUAAGCAAAAGAAAAAAAAAACCAUCAGAUACAGUAUGCUCUGCCAAAACAGUAGGAUAAAGGUUUGGAGAUGCAUAUGGUUGCCAUGCAUUUAAUUUAUGAAAGACAAGGUCAAAAAGCUAGGAGUGUUUUCCACACCUAUGCUCUCUAAUAAAUUUGUUCCUCUGCCAAUCCUCUGCUCUUCAAAGAAACUAUCGGCCGCCAUUGUAAGUAAUGAAACACAGGUGAUUCAUCCCCUCUGUGAAUGAUAAUCACAGCAGUCUGACGGUGAGGUAUGACCGGGAUGUUAAAAUAAAUCACCGCCCUGUUAUUUUGCCCUCUCUGCCAGCCGCAAAAUGAGUCUGGAAUUGCAUCCACCACCUCAGUUAUCGAGGGGGAUGAAAAGAUGAAAAUAUACAUAUGAUUGAACUGGGCUUGCAGCAGUGCAAGGGCAGGUAAAUAUUUGUGUUUUAGGCGUGCGCAGCAUACAGAUUUUACAUCCAAUAUUCCUGUGCUUUGUCAGUGAUGUAAAAAUGACGCUAACUUGUAAAAACGUGGUUCUAUGAAACAGUGCAUUGUUGCAGUGGAUUGGGAAACUAGGCGAUGUCCAUGUACUACUUUGCUUUAAAUCUUGUGAUAUUUUGUACUAAAUAUUUAUAUUACAUAACAUAAUGACUAAAUAUUCUUGAAAUAUGUUUGUCCAAUAUUACCAUUUUAAAUGUGUUUUGGAGGUGUGCAACUUUAAAAAGUGAAUCCAUUGCAGUUCAUACGAUGUACAAAUGGAUUACUUUCAUUACAAUAAAUGUUCUCUUUUUACAGAA